AUGGCGAGCCUCCUCAAUGCCACGAUCGCAGACCUAUCCGAGGCGCUGAGCGAUGGCCGGCUGUCGUCGGCAGCCCUCACAACGGCCUACAUUGCUCAGAUCUUGGAGGCUAACGACUACUUCUAUGCCGUGAUCGAGACCAACCCGGACGCAAUGGAUAUUGCGCACGCGCUCGACGAAGAACAGCAUACCAAGGGUCGCCGCGGUCCGCUUCAUGGAAUCCCCAUCCUGCUCACGGAUAGCAUCUCGACGCUCGAUGAUAUGGAGGCCACCGCUGGCUCCGCCGCGCUCCUGGGCACGCGAAAUUGCCGUGAGGCCACACUCGUCCGCAGGCUUCGCGAUGCCGGCGCGGUGAUCCUUGGCCAGACUAACAUGACGGACGCAUACUGUUUCAACAUGAGCGGCGGCGGGAGCAGCUGCGGCUCAGCCGUUGCAACCGCUCUAGGACUUGCUGCUACUUGUAUCGGAUGCGAGACGGACGGCGGCAUCAUAUACCCAGCGAGCCAUAACGGGGUAGUGGCUAUCAAGCCGACCGUCGGGCUGGUAUCUGCGGAUGGGGUGAUUCCCGUGGCGCUAAAGCAAGAUGCUGCCGGCCCCAUGGCGCGGACUGUCAGUGACGUCGCCUGUCUGCUCGAGGUGCUUGCCGAGGAGAGCACCGGUCGCGGACAUGUCUCGUACACCUCGGCGCUGACCGGGACAGAUCUGUCGGGGCUAAGAAUCGGCGUCCCAUCCUCCUGCCUUGUCGAACUAAGCGGGACGCCGCUUAAGGAAUUCAACAGCGCGCUGAGUCUGUUAGAAUUCUGCGAAGCAACUAUUGUCCGCGACACAAACUACGCCUGUCUCAACGACUUCCUGAAGCUCUCCGAGGAAGAAAUGGGCUGCGUCGUCGCCGGCUGUUUUCAGAACGACAUUCGGAAAUACCUUGCCGACCUUGCGACCAACUCUCAUGAGAUCAAGAGCCUCGGCGGUAUCAUCGAGGUCGCUGUGCUGCUGGACGACUAUUUCGGGGGUGACGGCGGCAUCUCUGGCACCUUGAAAGAGCACAAGCUGGAUCUCAUUGUCGCCCCGGCCGUUCGUGGCUCUGAAAUCGACUCUACAAGUCGCUCCGGCCUUUCCGUCAUAGUGUCCCUGGCAGCUCGCGGCGGUCUCCCCGUUGUUACCGUCCCGCUCGGGAAGUACCCAGAAACCACAGCCGUCAGGCAGGAUCUGAGAGAGCCGGACAAGUUAGUCGAUGUUGCUCCUGAAAUCCCGUUUGGAAUCAUGUUUACUGGCGCUGCUCAUUCGGAGGAGACGCUGCUUCGAGUGGCAUACGCUUUCGAGCAGAUGACGAAUGUUCGGGACACGCUGGUUCCUUCCAUCCCGCCCAAGAGGGAUAUCCCUGAUCUCGAUGCCGCCUACUGCCGUACUCCAGAGAUAGAAAUCCAGGAGCUCUCCUAUUAUGGAGAAUGGGAGCAUUUUGGAGAAUGGGAGCAUGUUAGAGAAUAGGAGCUGUAGUAAUUACUUAAAAGAUGUCGCGAUCGCGAUAUUAGCAUGAGGAAGAAGCUGUCUGUCUGGAGCAGGGGCAGGUGGUAUAGGGUCUAGUUGUUUAUGCAAUCAUAGGAUCCCCAGACAUUUGCCCGGCCAAGAAACCAUGUAUAC